AUGGAGGCGGCCGUACGCUGGUCACCGCACUCGACCAGUGGGAGAGAACGAUUCUUGCUGGUCGACGUGAUUGACCAAAGUCUUACUCUCAACCACGUUCACCGUCGAAGCCGAACUGAUCUCGACUACACGGCUGUCGCGAAAUAUGGCCGCCUGCCUAGUUUUAGCGCUUUCGACUGGUCAAAGACUGACGAGUCCAUUGUAGCACUGGGUCUGGUUUCUGGGAGCGCGUGCCUCGUCAAGCUCCGAGAAGAUGGACAGCCUUCAGAAACAAGAUCGACCUUCAAGCUGAAGCAGCAACGAAAAUGUAAUUCGGUUGCUCUGAGCACACGGGACUUGCUCGCCGUGGCUUUGGAUAAGACGCGGUCCGACAAUUGUCUGAACAUAUUUGACGCCAAUGGUGACUAUCAAGGCAACCAGGAGCCAGUUCGCAAACUAUGUCCAGCGGAAGUGGUGUCUUCGGUCCGCUUCUUUCCUGGCCAGCCUCAAGAGCUCGUUGUUGCCGCACAGAGGGCGUACAUCCGAUUGUACGACUUGAGAGAUGGCUAUUUUGCCGGCAACAGCAAUCUUCAAGUGUCCACAAGAUGCGUCAACAACAUUGCAAUUGAUCCACUGGACGACAACUAUUUCGCCUCAGCUGGAUCCACCGAUGACCCUACUGUUACAGUGUGGGAUAAGCGUUGGAUAUCACAAAACAGCCCUGGCGGUGCAGCGAACGGUGCGGUCUUUGAGCUCAGGCCCGCCGUGGAUACGACAUCGAGGGCUACCAUCUGGAGUCUGCGGUAUUCUGGCCAACAACGAGGUCGCCUCGCAAUCUGCUCCAGUCGAGGUCAGCUAAGAGUUGUGGAUAUGACUGAAAGCCGCAGCUCGCUCCACCCUGAGACCGACUAUGUUCCUGCUAACCAGUAUGGUGGCACUGCCUGGAGCUGCAAUCGAUAUGUAUCUCAAUCACGUUCGGUCUCAAGACCUUUCGAGGAAGGAGAGAACGGUGACAAUAAUAAUGCACGACUCAUCGCAUUCGAUUGGAUUUCUGAUGGCACCGAUCUGGCAGAACAAUCGGUCCUUGCUCUCCGACCAAGUCGAGACGUGGAUGUCAUACGUGUGCCUCUCACCAUUCCACAUGCCACCGUGACCGCGCGGAACGAUCUUAGCAUGGCCUUUGACGACUUAUCGCUCGUAGAGACAAAAGGUCGUGCCGAGCCUGCAGAACCCCAAGCGCCGUACGAACAGCAAAGAACAGCAGAAGACUUUGGGCCGCACGAUUAUAGGGGCGAGGAAUAUGUCGAUGACAACGACGAGUCCAAGGCUAUCUAUUUUCCAGAAUCGCCGCAAGUACCUAAUCUUCUGGCACAGUUUUCCAUUCACCGCGAACGCUGCUACCAAGGGUACUUAUGGGACUGUCACAAAAACAUGGACAUUGUCACAGGAAACUGGCAGCUGGAGCGCUUGUGGGAAAUCAUUAACCGAUUUCGUGAGCAAGCGGCAGACGGUGCUAUGGUCGGCGAAUCCUUGGACCUGAGUUACGUGGGCGUCACUGGCAUAUGUCAAGAGAAGAUAGGGAACGUCUCUAGACGUACUUUUUCUCCAGCAGCUGCAAAGGUCGAAGACGCCAUAUCUGCUCUGAACAUCUCAAGAGAGCUGCCGCCAUUCGAAGGAGAGCGCACAGAUUUCCCUGAACACAGACAGUUGUGUCUGGAAUUGUGUGGUUGGAAGUUCACUACUGAAACACUUGAAGCCGAAUGUCAGGAACUGAUCGAUCGCGGAUUAUACUAUCAGGCAAUCGUGCAAGCGGUCUUACACGAUUACAAACACAUCGCCCUCAACAUCUUGAGAACAUUGAUACGAAGCAAGACAGUACCAAACAUUGGCUUGGGCGCGCUGCUCGCAUCCGACUUGAUCAACGAAGAACAACGAGAGAUGUGCCAGUGGAUGGCAGCCGACACGGAAGAUGCGGCUUUGAAAGCAUUGCUGACCUUCCUCAUUACGGGCGAUUGGAGGGAUGUGAUGAAGUUGAAGUACCUGCACCUCGGCUAUCGCGUUGCUCUAGGGUUGAAGUAUCUCAAUGAUACAGAGCUGAAGGGAUUCCUACAGAGCGAAACCGCACGCGCUGUGAAGAAUGGUGAUCUUGAAGGUAUUCUCUUGACUGGACUGGGCGAACAGUGUAUGGACUUGAUGCAGACAUACAUCACGAAGACGAACGACCUGCAGACAGCCGUGUUGGCAACAGCGUUUACGAAUCCGCUGUACGUCGACGACGUGCGAUGGGAAAUGUGGAAAGAGACAUACUUCAUGCAGAUGCAAAGCUGGCGAGCGUUUGUGCAGAGAAGCCAGUUCGUCAUUCAACACGGCCAGAUGGCAAGAAGUAGUGACGGACAUAGUCUUCUGGAAGCGCCUGAACCGCAAGUCAAACUACGAUGCAAGCACUGCCAGCAAUCCCUCGCGAGACACGAUGGACACUCGACAAACAGCAAGAAUCGAGGCACCCAAACGAAUGGGAAAGGAUCUGGUCGGCCCGAACAGAUCGCCGCAGCCAGCGCUGGCAUCGUCUGCCCGACUUGUGGGCGACACAUGCCUCGUUGCGGGAUUUGCAGAAUGUGGUUGGGUACACCCGACCCGGUUCGAAAGGGCGGAGCGAGAGAAUUGCAGAAGCUGGGGGAUGUCAUGGCGAAGUUUUUGACGUUUUGCGUGAGUUGCAAGCACGGAUUCCACGCGAACCACGCGAGGGCAUGGUUUCUGAAACAUGAUACUUGUCCGGUGCCUGAUUGCCAGUGUCUGUGCUUUGCUGUGUAG